AUGGGCAUAAAGCGACAAAGAGAAGCAGGCGAGGACGGAGGUGGAAAGUUUUGCGCGUACCUUUCGUACGGUGACUGGAACGCCCUCGUUCCGCUGUACAGGUCGUUCGAUAUUGAGACGUUCGAUGAGGAAACUUUUCCAGGACUCACGUUCUUCUUUGCACCACGUGUAGUUGGUGUGAUGAAUGGGCACUAUUUGCUCUCCCUUAGCGACGUGAACCGACCGUGUGACCAACUUCUUAGUCAGCGACCAUGGCUCCCCUGCAGUUACCACGGCCCUUUUCGUUGCUCUUGCCAUGCUUUAGGGCAAAUUGCACGUAGAGUGUUCCAGUUGGAGCGAGAAUUGAUGGUUUACCCCAAGCACCUUGUUCUGGCAAUGACGAAUAUUGGCAAACAUGACGAUGCGCCGUUUAUCUACAUCGACACCUUAACACGUAGUGUUACGGUUUGCCUUUGCGGUCUUCCUUUGCCACAGACUGUACUUGGUCCGAUGGCAUUAUAUAUGUUGGACGACGAGUAUUCAAUAGCCCGAGCAACUGAGACUCCCUUCAGCAAGAGCAGACAGGAAAAAAAUAAGGGUACAAAAUGCGUCCUUUGCACAGCUGAAACAGAUGGGGCCUGUAGUAUAUGCAGGUGCUGGGUGUGUCAGAAAUGCGAUAUUGAAUGUUGUAUAUGCGGGAAGAAUGCCUGUAAGGCGUGCGCUAUGAGUGGUGAAGAAAUACCGACAAACGAAGGAGUCUGUUGCCUCAACUGUUACUCUUCUUAG